GCGGAGCUCCAUCCCGGGGUUUCCGACGCGCCGCCGGCGGAGCCGAUGUCUCCUCAGCUCUGCCUCAGCCUCGCAUCCGUCCGGCGACUCCGCAGCAAGUGGACCGACAGAGGAGCCUGAGCGCGGACCCCGACCCGGGAGCAAACAUCUGGAACAGCAGGGUGAGGGUACAGCUGCCCACGGAGGAGGUCGUUAGGACGAGCUUUAAAGCUUUAAAGAGUCACACGCGAGAGGAGAGUGUGUUGUCCAUGUAAUGAACCUGUAGCAGAGGACCGGACCACAAACAGUGCGGACUCUUCGGUAGACAAGUCACAACUAAAAGUUCGUUUUCUCCCGGCUGUGUGUGGUGUCCCGUGGAGAGAUGCACGCGCCGCUACUGACGCUCUUCUGCGUCCUGGCUACCGCCGUUGGCCAGGAGCCCGACCACAGCCACGGCUGUGCCCAGGGCAGCUGUUACCCAGCAACGGGGGACUUGCUGGUCGGCCGGGAGAAGAACCUGAAGGCCUCGUCCACAUGCGGGAUGAGGAGAAAAGAGCCGUACUGCAUUGUCAGUCACCUGCAGGAUGAGAAGAAGUGUUUCGACUGUGACUCCAGGCGGCCGUACGACCCGGUGUACAACACCAUCAACCACCGGGUAGAGAACGUCAUCACCACCUUUAAACCCCACCGCAAGAAGUCCUGGUGGCAGUCGGAGAAUGGAAAGUCGGACGUCUUCGUCCAGCUGGAUCUGGAAGCAGAGUUUCAUUUCACUCACCUGAUCAUGACCUUCAAGACCUUCCGUCCGGCGGCCAUGUUGAUCGAGCGCUCCGCAGACUUUGGUCGCACCUGGCAGAUCUACCGCUACUUUUCCCACGACUGCACCGCCGCCUUCCCCGGAGUCCCCCAGGGUCCUUCGCGUAACAUCAACGACGUCCUCUGUGAGUCGCGCUACUCCGACAUCGAGCCGUCCACGGGGGGAGAGGUCAUCUACAGAGUGUUGGAUCCAUCCAUCAGGAUCGAGGAUCCAUACAGCCCGAGCAUCCAGAACCAGCUAAAGAUCACUAACUUGAGAGUGAACUUCACCAAGCUGCACACGCUGGGAGACAACCUGCUGGACCCCAGAGAUGAAAUCAAGGAAAAGUACUACUACGCCAUGUACGAGCUCGUGGUACGCGGGAACUGCUUCUGCUACGGCCACGCCUCGGAGUGCGCGCCCAUCGUCGGCAUCCGGGACGACAUAGAAGGAAUGGUCCACGGCAGGUGCGUCUGCAACCACAACACCAAAGGUUUAAACUGCGAGCGCUGUGACGACUUCCAUAACGACCUGCCCUGGAGGCCGGCCGAGGGUCGCAGCACCAACGCCUGCAAGAAGUGUAACUGUAACGGCCACUCGUCCCAGUGCCACUUUGACAUGGCGGUGUAUUUGGCCACGGGCAACCUCAGCGGAGGGGUGUGUGACGACUGUCAGCACAACACCAUGGGACGCAACUGCGAGACGUGCAAACUCUUUUACUACAAAGACCCCGUCAAGGACACCAGGGACCCCCAGGUCUGCAUCGCUUGUGACUGCGACCCAGACGGCUCUCAGAACGGCGGCAUGUGCGACAGCCACACGGAGCCUUCCCUCGGCCUGGUGGGGGGUCAGUGCCGCUGCAAAGCCAACGUGGAGGGGCCGCGCUGCGACAAGUGUAAGACCGGCUUCUUCGGGCUGAGCCCCCACAACCCUCAGGGCUGCCAACCCUGCCAGUGUGACCACAGGGGGACAGUGUCCGGCAGCUCCCAGUGUGACCCGGUCAGUGGAGACUGCUUCUGCAAGCGGCUGGUCACAGGACGCAGCUGUGACCAGUGUUUGCCGGAGCACUGGGCCCUGAGCCACGACCUCAACGGCUGCCGAGGCUGCGAGUGUGAUGUCGGAGGAGCUCUGGACAACCACUGCUCCAUGCAGAGCGGUCAGUGUCGCUGCCGCAGUCACAUGACCGGACGCCAGUGCACGCAGGUGGAGUCCAGAUAUUUCUUCAUGGCCCUGGAUCACUUCCUGUAUGAGGCUGAGUCGGCCAAAAUGGGGCAGGGCUGUACACCCGAGACCAGGGAGCACCAGCCGGGUCGCCCCGCUACGUGGACGGGCAGUGGAUUUGCCCGGGUACCUGAGGGCGGCACCCUGGAGUUCCUCAUCGCUGACAUCCCCUACUCCAUGGAGUACGAGCUGCUUAUCCGCUAUGAGACUCAGAUGCCACGAGACUGGGAGGAUGUGCAAAUAACAGUGAUCCGUCCGGGGCCGAUUCCAACCAGCAGCCCGUGUGGAAACACCAUUCCAGAUGACGACCGACUCACCGUCUCCCUGCCGGCUGCAGCCAGGUUUGUGGUCCCUGCUCCGGCUGUGUGUCUGGAGAGAGGUGUGACUUACACCCUCCGCUUUGAGUUUAAACGCUACCAGGAUGCCAACAGUAUCCUCCACGGAGCGGCCGAGGCACUCCUCCUCAUGGACUCUAUUGCCCUGAUGCCGCGCCACACCUCCAUGGAGAUGUUCAACGCAGGCGAUACAGCCUCCAGCAGCAGGAAGCAGGCCUAUGAGCGGUACCGCUGCCGCGAGGGGGCGAAGAGUGUGACACGCCCCAUGAUGACUGACACCUGUGCCAAGCUCAUCCUCAGCAUGUCGGCCAUCAUUAAUGACGGGGCUCUAGCUUGUAAUUGCGAUCCUCAGGGGUCCGUCAGCUCCAUGUGUGACGUCCGGGGGGGCCAAUGUGCCUGCAAGCCCAACGUGAUAGGUCGACGCUGUGACCAGUGCGCUCCAGGAACUUACGGCUUUGGACCCUCAGGCUGCAUAGCCUGCAGUUGCAGCCUGGAAGGCGCUGUGACUCGACUCUGCGACAAGUUUAGCGGUCAGUGCCAGUGCCGGCCCGGAGCGUUUGGCCAGCGCUGCGACGGAUGCCAGGCAGGUCACUGGGGCUUCCCCAGCUGCCGACCCUGCCGGUGUAACGGACACGCCGACCAGUGCGACCAGCGGACCGGAGCCUGCGUCAGCUGCAGGGACAACACCGGAGGAGACAAGUGUGACAGGUGUGCCAAUGGUUACUAUGGUAACCCCGUUUUGGGCAAAGCAUCCAGUGCUCAGUGUCGCCCGUGCCCUUGUCCUGAAGGCCCCAACAGCGGACGCCACUUUGCUGCGUCUUGUUACCAGGACAACCGUGACAGACAAAUUAUCUGCAACUGUAACCAGGGCUACACGGGGAUUGUUAAACGCUCCGGGGUGACCGUUUUUAAGCGAGCCCGAUGUGAGGAAUGUGCUCCGGGUUACUAUGGCAACCCCUCUCGGCCCGGAGGCCGCUGCCAGCCGUGCCAGUGCAACAACAACAUAGACAUGUCCGACAUGGAGGCCUGCGACAGGCAGACCGGACAGUGCCGGAAAUGCCUGUACAACACCGAGGGCCCCGACUGUGGCAUCUGCAAGAGCAGCUAUUUCGGCGACGCCUCCCGUCGCAACUGCAGGAAGUGCACGUGUAACUUCCUGGGGACCGACCGCGGCCAGUGCAUGGAGCGAGAGGACUGUGUGUGUCAGCGGGCGUCCGGCCAGUGCCAGUGUCAGCCCAACGUCAUCGGCCUGCCAUGUGACCACUGCGCCCCCAACCACUGGAACCUGGCCAGCGGGAGGGGCUGUGAGCCCUGCGGCUGUGACCCCCACAACUCUGUCACCGCGGCGUGCAAUGAGUUCACGGGGAAGUGUCAGUGUCGCGACGGCUUCGGCGGGAAGACCUGCACAGACUGUCAGGAGAACUACUGGGGAGACCCCAGGACUCAGUGCAGAGCUUGCGACUGCGACUGGCGAGGCAUCGAGACCUCGCAGUGCAACCGGGUGACCGGCCACUGUGUUUGCCAACAGGGGGUGUCCGGUGUGCGCUGUGACCAGUGUGCCAGAGGCUUCUCUGGCCACUUCCCCAACUGUCAGCCCUGUCACAAGUGCUUCGGGGACUGGGAUCGCAUUGUGCAGGACCUGGCAGUACGCACCAAGACUCUGGCAGAGCGGGCCCAUGAGAUUCAGACCACUGGGCUCACUGGGGUCUAUGAGAAGGCCUUCAGGGACCUGGAGGAGAAACUGGCACAGGCUCGGGGAAUCGUCAAUGCCCGCAACGCCACUGCCGUAGCUGUCACUACCCUAAUGGAGCUUAUUGAAGAUCUGAGAGCGCAGAUCGGGGAGACCACUGACGCCCUGAGCCGUCUGGAAGGAGACCUGACCAUCGUCCAGGACGGCAACUCAGAGGCGAGCAAGGAGCUGAGUGCUCUGGAGAGAGAAGCUAAAGAGCUCAACCUCACGUUAAAGCAGCUACACCGCCAACUAGAUAUCCUAAAAAACUCCAACUUCCUCGGUGCGUACGACAGCAUCCGUAGCUCCCACAACAAGUCUCGUGAUGCGGAGCGCCGUGCCAAUGAAUCAACCACCACCAGGCCCAGCACGGUCAGCCAAUCAGCAGACACUCGCCACCGCACCGAGCGCCUCAUCGCCGCCAAGAAGGACGACUUCAACCGCAAAAAUGCAGCGAACAAGCGCGCUCUCGGAGACCUCAACACCCGAGCGCAGGGCCUGGACUUGAAGAAGAUCAACGAGAAGGUUUGCGGCGCGCCAGGUGAUGCUCCCUGUGGGGAAAGUCCUUGCGGGGGGGCAGGUUGCCGUGACGAUGAAGGGAACCGCCACUGUGGAGGCCUAAACUGUAACGGCGCUGUAGCUGUAGCUAACAACGCCAUGGAGAGAGCCAAACACGCAGAGAAGGAGCUCAACAAAGCUAUGGGAGAGGUAGAGGGACUCUUUUCCAAGGUGGCAGAUGCCAAGACGAAGGCCGAGGAGGCGAAAGGUAAAGCCCAAGCAGCUCUGGACAAAGCCACGGCCACCAAGAACAAAGUGGAGCGCUCCAACAAUGACCUGAGAGACCUCAUCAAACAGAUCCGAGACUUCCUCACCCAGGAAGGUGCGGACCCGGACAGCAUUGAGGCGGUGGCGAACCGCGUGUUGGAGCUCUCCAUCCCCGCCUCGCCGCUCCAGAUCAGGCAUCUCGCCGACGAAAUCAAGGAGCGCGUUCACAGCCUCUCCAAUGUGGACGCCAUCUUGCAGCAGACGCAGGAUGACGUCCGCAGGGCGGAGCGACUGCUGCUGGAUGCCAAGAGGGCAAGGCACAGUGCUGAGGGGGUGAAGACCACAGCGGAGACGGUGAAACAGGCCCUGGUGGAUGCUCAGACUGCCCAGGCAUCCGCAGAGAAGGCCAUAGCCAGAGCCAAGGCCGACAUUGGGGAGACUCAAACCCGACUGACACAGAUUGAGUCGGAAACGUCCAACAGCGAGAAAGACCUGGACGACGCCAUGGAGCGCCUGGCCACACUGGGACGGGAAGUCAGCGCCCUGAAGACCAAACGAGCCAACAACAGCAUGGCAGCAGCCCGGGCCGAGGAGACGGCCACCAUGGCACGAGACAAGGCCAACGAAGCCAAGCAGAUUCUAGAUGGCCAACUGACGGAUAAAUACCACGAGGUGCAGCAGCGGGUCGACACCAAGGCCAAAGUUGUGCAGGACGCCAAGAAGAGAGCGGAGCACCUCAGACAUGAAGCAAAGGAACUACUGAGAGAUGCUCAGAACAAGCUCCAGAGGCUAGCAGAGCUGGAGAAAAACUACGAGGACAACCAGAAGAAGUUGGAGGGGAAAGCUCGCCAGCUGGACGGCCUGGAGGACCAGAUGAAAGCCAUCCUCAGCGGCAUCAACAAACAGAUCCAGAUCUACAACACAUGCCAGUAACUCCUAGCAAACAGGUGCCCCGACGUCUUGGUCCGCCGUCGGGUGCAGACACUGUGACUGUGCCAGAGACUUAGACGGAACAUUAUGAGAAGACUUGCCCUGAGUGCUGAUCUCAUCUCUCUGAAAGUACAUGUAUGUACAUACACAUACACAUACAUAUAUAUAUAUAUAUAUGUAUAUGUAUGUGUGUGUGUGUGUGUGUGUGUGUGGGGGGGGGGGGUAUAUAAACAAACCCACAACUGAUUUGAAAAGGAUGUUUGGUAUCAAAUAUUUUAUUGGGAUUUUAUGUGCACGUUAUUUUUGUUUUGCAUUUUCAAAAUAAUCUGGAAAUUUGUUUUUUGAACAUAAAAGUUGUAUUUUAGAAUACAUCAGUAAUACUCAGAAUUGGGUGAAAAUAAGGCUUUGGAAAUGAUCGCCAGAGUAUUCAGUAUUAAACACAGUGACCUUUGACACCAUAAAUUCAGAUCUGUUAAAAUUAAACUUUAACUACUUUUCUUGGUUAAAAAGAAAAAUCACACAAGAAAUGGUGAUAUCAUGAUUUUUUAUGUUUUCAAAUAGGCCCAAAACAUGGAGACACAAGGAUAGUCACCACUGCUGUAGAUCCUUGUCCCCAAGUAGUUCUAAGGACAUCCCUUUUUAGUAGAAUGCAGAGAUUGAACAGUGAUUGCAUUCAUAUGGAUUUACAUGUAUUAUUACCAACUGUAGUGCCAGAAUGCCAUUUUUCUAUUGCGUCUGCAUUCAUACAAAUGACCAUUUUCACGGUAAAAGAAAAUCUACUUCUAGACUCUGCUAAGCCAAAAAGACAUAACAACCUCAGAAGCUGCAUUUGCCUAAGAGGAUGGAUGUGCACCAUCACUGUACAGGAACAAUGUAAUCAUGAGAGCACUGUAAGCGCCAGUAAUGUUGUUAUUAGUCGGUCUCUCUUUGUUGAGGGAACCACCCUCAGGACACACCCCUUUUUUAAACGCCUUAUUCUUUAUUUUUCACACGUACAUAGCCUAGGGCUAUGAGAUUCACACUGCACUUCCACUAGUCCACCACAACACACAACUAUGGUUUACAUUUUACAAUAUCUACCGAGGACUUUUAGCCCACAAUUCAGCUCAUUUUCUAGGGGAUAACCCGGCAAACUCACGGCCACCUCCAUAUCAGGAAAACGACAAUCAACCUGUGGGCAGUGCAUUCAAACCUGCGAAUGAAAACACUUGUUGGCCCGUAGCGAAAAAUGUAAACAGAAUGAACUUUUUGGAAAAAAUGCACAUCAAGUACAGUCCAGGGAACAAAAUGUUUUUUUCUACGCAGUUGCUUGGAGGCCAAUAGGUGACACUCCCCCACUGCUGCCCGACCCUGCGCCUUAUUACCACAGCGUCUGAUCUGGGAUAAACGCAGCCUCAGUGCAGUCUAAAAUGUAUCACAAGGUCAUUUUGAGAAACAUCCUUAUUUACUCUUUUGCAGAGAGUUAGAUUGAAAGGAUUGAUACAACAAUAUAGGAUGAAUAUGAUGCUACCACCAUCAGGCUGGUAGCUUAGCUUAGCUUAGGGUAGAGUAAAUAGUAAGGGCGAGCCAGCUAGCCUUGGCUCUAUCCUAGAGGUAUCUCUGCAAAAAACACACACCCUAACCCCUCAGCUAAAUCUGAACGAGAAGGAAAAUAAGUGACAUUUGCAGAAUCUUCUACUACUAAAUGCCUUGUGGUGCACAGAUUGUGUUUAAUAGUGCCUUAUUGUAUGCAAUUGUCCUGGACAUUUACCUCAUAUACUAAUUGCAUGACAUUUUAUUGAACAUAGUAAACCCAAAGACUAAAUGUGUGCCCACAUUUUCCUCAGUUCAUCUAUCACCUCGCAGCCACAUGAUUUUAAGAAAUACACGCCAAAGCAAAAGUACCAAGAAGAAGAAGAAGCUUGUGUAAAGUUUAACAUUGUACAGUUUUGUGAAUAAAGGUUGGAUAACUUAACAUU